AGAGAGAGAGAGAGAGAGAGCAUGGAAGCCCAAGAAGAGCUCAGGGAAGAACGAAUGGCGGAAGACGAGGUGGAGGAGGAGGAAGAAGAAGAAGAAGGGCCGCCUCCUGGAUGGGAGUCCGGGCCCCCUCCGCCGUUGCCGACCUCACCUCGCUCCGCGAGAAUCGAGACCAGCGCCGCCAUGGAAGUAGUAGGAGAAGAGCAGAGGGAACAACUGAAUGAAGCCGAAGAGAGAGAACAGGAAGAGGAAGAGGAAGAAGAAGAAAGUCCGCCUCCUGGUUGGGAAGCCGCUGCGUGUCCCUCGAUCGGACAGCAAAGCGAGGGUACGGAAAGCGAAGCAGUCGCGCUUGUAGGAGAAGAGAGGGCGGCGGGAGAGAGAAUGGAGGAGGAGGAGGAGGAGGAACAGGACGGUCCGCCUCCCGGUUGGGAAGGCGGCGCUCGUCCCUCGCUCGAACCGGGGAGCGAGGGAAUGGAAAGCGAAGCAGUCGUGGAAGAGGAAGCGAAGGAGGAAGUGGACGGUCUGCCUUCUGGCUGGGGAAUCGAUCCUCAUCGUCCGAUCGAGCCGCCGCGGAGUGAGAAAAUGGUGAAGAGCGAGGAAAUGGAGGAGGCGGAGGAAGCGGAGGAGGACGGCCCGCCUCCUGGUUGGGGAAUCGAUUCUCAUCCUUCGGUCGAGCCGCAAAGCGAGAGAAUCGAGAGCGAAGAAUCCUCACGAGAAAAAGCGACAGGAGAGAGAGCGAAGAAGGAACGAGGAGUGGAGGACGGUCCGCCACCUGGUUGGGGAAUCGGUCCACAUUCUACGAUCGAGCCGCAAAGCGAGAUGAUUGAGAGCGAAGGAGCCGCGGAAGAAAAUGGGAUCGGACAGAGAGCGGAGGGAGACGAAAUGGAGGAGGACGGCCCGCCUCCCGGUUGGGGAAACGCUCCUCAUCGGUCGAUCGAACCGGGGAGCGAGGGAAUCGAGAGCGAACGAGUUGUGGAAGAAGAGAGAGUGAAGGACGACGGCGCACCUCCUGGUUGGGAACCUGCCCCACCGCCGCCUGCCUCUAAGGUGCCGCAGCCGGGGCCGUCCACGUUAAUGCCGCCGGCCCCGCAGCCUGGUCGGCGUACCUCAGAAAUGGCUCAAAUGGUUUGUGGUUCCUGCCAAAGAUUGAUUUCAUAUCAGCCAGGAGCCAAAUAUGUGCAAUGCUUAUGCUGCAAGACGAUUAACUUUGUGUUGGAAGAGCAUCUGGUUGGACAAGUUAAGUGUGGUACAUGUGCGAUGUUGCUUAUGUACCCGUAUGGCGCUCCAGCAGUCAAGUGUUCGGCCUGCCGUUCUGUGACAGAAAUUGGGGAGCACAACAAAAGGACCCCAUGGGCGGUACAGCAAGGGAGACUUCCCCCUCCCAGUACAGUUCCUUGAUGGGCACACGCAAAUCUACAGUUCUGCAGAUGUUAACAUCAACGGGGAAUGAAGGCAAAUUCUUUGCAUCUGCACAAGCUACGCUCAUGCUUUUUGGACUCAUUUCUUCGGGCGCCUGCUCUAUGAAAACCCAAAAAGGACCCUGCAGCCAGAUUUGCAGUUUCAGAGGAUCUCAGCUAGAGAUAAGUUAAGACCUAACAGCUGCAUCAAAACGAUCCUCAAAAUAUUUCCCUAAUACUGCUGGCGUGUGAGAUGUUUUUGCCUGCCUGGGUCUGUUCCUAGAAGCCAAUCAAGGAUUGCUAGUUAGAACGAGAUUAGUAUCCGAGUUCAAGUCCCUUAUGUACAUGCCUAUGUAUUAGUUCUUGAAGCCUGAAAAAUUUAUGCGCCGUAUGAUCUGCUUCUCAAACUUUUGCCCUGAGAUUAAUUUCUGCACCUGAGUAA